AUGAAACAAAGCAAUAAAACGAAUGUAGAUUUUUGUGGAUUUUUUGGAUCAAUAUUAUUUAUAUUAUGUAUGGUAUCCCUAAUAUGCAUUACUUUAUUAAAUGUGUGGACAAGUUAUGAAUUUUUAAAUUGUGGAACACAAUUAAGUAACAUAAGAAUUUUAAGUGAGGUGGAAUCUUUACAAAGUAGUAAUUAUAGUGAAGUGAUGAAGAAUGUAAAAGAUGGAAAUGACUCAUCAAGCGAAGAAUUAGAUAAUACAAAUGUUCCUACUAGUAAACCUAAGAAAAAACUUAGUGCAGUGUUUAAGGAGAAUAAAACCUUUUUUCAAUAUCUAAUAAAUGAAGAUAUUUAUGCAGAAUAUGAAUUGGUUCCAACUAAUAAAAAACACACGAAAUAUUCGAAUGAAAAUGAUAAAGCUUUGAAUUAUGAACUUGAAUCAAUUAAAAAGAGUAAGAAAAAUAGGUAUGAAAAAAUGUAUCAAUUAUGGACAAGAAUAGUACAAAACGAAGAGAACAAAUAUAUUUUGUCUGUACGUAAAAUGUUUGAGGUUUUUAAUUUUAUUGUAAAUUAUUAUAGUGUACAUUAUUCAAAAGAAGAAGAAAUAAUGAAUGAACUAAGAACAACUUUUACUGAUCUUUAUAGAAAUGUUACACCUAAUAUGAAUGAUUUAUUUAUUAGAUGGAUUACUGAUAAUGAUGUUUUAAAUCAUGGUGAAUUUGCAUUACUUGUUGAUGGAAAUAGAUAUGUAUGGAGAAAUUUACUUAAACAUUUAGAAAUUGCAUUUAAGGAAAUUAUUACUAAACAUUUUAGAUAUCAAUUACGUUCCUUUGAAUUAGAAAGAAAUCUUAUUGUAUGUGAAGAAAAAUCAAAUAAAUCAGAUAAUAUUAAUUUAGAAAAAAAUAAAAAGAGUAAAAAAAGUAUAAAAAAAAAAAUUCUUAAGGAUAUGAAUAAAUAA